GUUUUGAAUGUGGGCUUCAUCCUGUACCGCUACACUGAAAAACUCCAGUUGCUCUUCGAUGAGGAAUUACUCUCUGCACCGGAGCCCAGCUGUCAGCAACUGCUGAACUAUGCCUUGGAUCGGAAGGGCUGCCAGUGGAGCGGCAACGAUACGGCAAGCACUGAUCGGCUCGGCCGGUGCGGUGAAUUGAAGGUGGUGGCACUUUCUCAGACCUUUGCCUCUCGCUCAGUGGAUUGGAGCUACGACGACCCCAAGGAUCCGAGCAUGCCAACGAUUGCACAUCCGGACUCGGGUUUGCUAUCUCUGGAAGGCAUGAAGAGAAUGCGACUCUUUCGGGAUAUGAACUUGUGCUAAGUUAGUUAAGGAGAGCACUGAGAGCACGGAGCUUUUCUAGCAGUGUGGUCAAAGAUGGUCAAAGUACCCAAAGAUCAGCGUGGAUAUGGGUCAAAUUUCAAGAUUC